AUGAAAUUUUAAAAUCCAAAAGGCAUCUUGUCUGUGAUCUUUGUCUAUGGCAUCAUCUUGAGUGAGUAUUAUGUAUUUGUAUUUCAUUAUUUACCUUAUAGAUACAGCAAUAAUAGUGGAUCCACAAUCUUCAUUGGGAUUGAAUUCACACUCAUCUACUUCAUGAUUCAUUGGGCCUACAUCCAAGCACAAAUCCAAUCCCCUGGACAUCCCUCUCCAGAUCUGGCCAAAAACUAUCAAGAACAUACUCUCGAAGAAAUCAAGAGCAGAACCAAAAAACACUCAGAAAUCAUCCAAAAAAAACGAAAACAAAAACUAAUGAAGAAAUACGAAUUGGCCAUCGAUGAAGAAGACGAAUUAUUUGACAUCAUUUAAGCCAUGCAACUUGAUUCCUAUUGUUUCAAAUGCAAAAAUGUCAAAUAACCCAGAACCCAUCAUUGCAAAGAAUGUAAUAAAUGCAUUCUCAGAAUGGAUCAUCAUUGUCCCUGGGUCAACAAUUGCAUCGGACAGAAGAAUCACAGAUUCUUUUGCCAAUUCAUUAUCUAUGCAUUGCUCUGCCUGUCCCAAUGCGUCAUCUUUAUCACAAUUGAAAUGUUCGGUGACACUUAACUCAAAGGAGAUUCUAAAUUCCUUUGCCAAAUGUGUGCACUAACUUCCCUACUCCUUUGCCUCUCCAUGGGAACACUUCUAGGAUUUCAUCUGUAUCACAUAGCCAAAAAUGUUACCACUGUUGAAUUCCACAUUGAAGAAAUGAAAACAGAUAAUCCAUUUUCAAAAUCCAAGGUUAUUGACAAUUUUAAAGAACUCUUUGGCUCUGAAUAUAUCCAUUGGAUUCUGCCCUUAACUUAGAGUGAAAGUAAAGUUAGAAUUAAACAUGACUCAUUCGAAUUAUGAUUAGUUAUCAAAAUUACAACAAUUAAAUU